GGAUUCUGGCAUUCACAUGCUGACGCAAACGUCGACUGCAGCUCGGAGUUUUACAUAGAGACACCAUCGUACCACGCCUUUCAUGACGCACGACGCGGGUCCCCUUUUACUCGACAGCCUAAGCAUAAGAAUACUCGGGCGUCCGCUUUGCAGAGACGCGUUGUGAGUGUGAAAGAGAGAGUGUGAAGAAGAGCCGUCGUCAUGAUAGACCAUGUACUCGGGCGGCCGUCAGUGCAGUUCAGGAAGAUCCAGGUGCUGGCUGUCGUGUCGUUCUGGUCCUUCUAUCUCUACAGAGGCGACCGCCAUGGCCCACCGAUUGUACGCCGCGUUUCUGCCCUCCUGUCCAGGAAGCUCACCGUGUGGCAAUCUGUACUCGUAACCCUCUUGUAUCUCUACGUUGCCCGCAACUUUGGCAAGCUCGUCGGCCUCGAGUGUCCCGAACCGCUCGCCAACCUAUACUCGCGCUCGUACUUUCGCGCUACAUGGGUUACAACGGCGCUGGAUGCAGGCUUCUGGUCUGCCAUGCGCGUCCGGAAGAAGGGCAUGCGAGAUUUCCUGUCCAUCGUGUUCAGCAUAUACUACAUGAUCUGUGCAGAGCAGGCGGACGAAAAAGUGAGGAAGAUCCGGGCUACGCUCACGGUCGACCACCUUCGUGUGUCGUGGAACAAGGGCACUACGCCGUAUCUUGGUGCCUUGACAAACUUGAUGCGUCCGCGGUUGAUGAUAUACCCUCCGCGCAAGAUUCGAAUACCGAGACCGAGAGCGAGCUCGUACAAGGAGCCUGUGACUGGCUGGUUGUACUUUAACGGGCCUCGAAGUGCGCUGAAGAAGCAUGACAAGAUUGUGCUCGACAUACCUGGCGGGGGCUUCGUUGCCAUGGACCCGAGAAAUCACGACGACAAGCUGAUGGGCUGGGCGGGCAAGACGGGCUUGCCGGUACUCAGCCUGGAUUACAAAAAGGCACCCGAGCACCCGUAUCCGUAUGCGCUGAACGAGUGCUAUGAUGUCUACCACAUGAUCAUGGCCUCGAGGGGGACAUGCAUGGGGCUAUCAGGAGAAGUCGAGCCCAAGAUUGUGGUUUGCGGUGAUUCAGCAGGCGGUAAUUUGGCUGUGGGUAUGGUGCUCAUGGUCCUGCAAAGCGGUUCGACAGAGACGCGCAGAUGGCAGGGCGAGCGCGCCUUACCACCUCCAAUCGGCGUGGUGCUUGUGUAUCCAGCUCUAGACAUGAACAUUGGCAACUGGAUGUCGGACGAGCAGAUGGCCCUCAUCCGCGAUCGCAGGGUGAGGAAAACCAACCGACCUAUCCUUCGGCACAAGAGCGACGAUUACCGGCACCUUGCACCGAACACGCCUUACGGAUCAGACACGGACAGCGAUGACGAAGCCGGCAAAGCGAACACGGCCAAUGGUGCACCACCUGCUUCCAACCACAUCCUCGCUUCGGCUCAGACCAUGAUCAAGCUUUCUGCUGCCCACACUGGUCAAGACAGCCAUUCCCUCCCCCGUUUAAACACCAGCAAUGCCACUAUCAAUGGCAAUAUUAUCAACCACCAAGCUCCCGGCCAAACAACCCCAGCAAACGGCACCAGUCUGCCGCCCACACCCUUGCCUACUCAGCCACCUACUCCAGGCGCAGCACUGCCGGCGCCUCCUGCAACCGCGAUCAAAACUCGUCUUGCUACGUCCAGCAUGAUAUCCUACUUCAACGACCGCAUUCUUACGCCAGAGAUGAUGCGGGCCAUGAUCAUCUUGUACAUAGGCCCGCACCACCGUCCAGACUUUAGCACCGACUUUCUGCUCUCGCCGCUGCUUGCGCCAGAGUCUCUGCUCGCGAAAUUUCCCAGGUGUUGGAUGCUGACUGGCGAGCGCGACCCGCUUGUCGACGACACCGUCAUCUUCGCAGGACGCUUGCGGCAGGCCAAGCGCGCUGAAUGGGUAGCAGCAAAAGACCUUGGUCUUGACUGGGCGCGGGGCGAGUUCCACGAGGAGAACUGGGUAAACGUCGAUCUGAUACCGGGCAUCAGUCACGGGUUCCUGCAGUUCGUCGGCGUGUUCCCCGAGGGCUGGAAGUACAUUUACCGGUGCGGCAAAUGGAUUACAGAGGCUUUUGAAGCCGAUGCAGAAAAGGGCGAGGCGGAAACGCCCAUGUACACGCCCGUUGCUACGAGGCGGCCUAGGGAGUUUGGAGGCGAUUACUUUGGCACCGUGGGGCUCGCAGAUGCAAUCGAUGGGCUUACGUCACCGCAGCGCACAAGACAUCAUCGGCGGACUGGCACAGCCAGCUCGGCUGAUGAAGACCGGCCGCUGGAAAUGACGGUGCUGAACAAGGGGAGGAGAAGCCCGCAGAAGAAGAGCAGCACGGUGGAGAGAGAAGCACCGGCGCGGGGCAGAGGCAGAGUGAGGAAGAGUGAGCGUGGUAGGAGAAAGAGUCUAGUUAGCUUGGCUAGCGAAGAUGAUCUGCUGGGUAGGAGGAUGAAGGGUUUGACUGGGGGGUUGGCUGGCGAUGGCGUUGUUUGA